UGCAGAGAGAACCAGCUGCGGAGCUGCUCUUUCUGCCCCGCGUUUAUGUUUUCACAUCGCGUGUGUGUUUUUAUCUGGUAUGAAUGGUACCACGUAUCGUGUUUGCAGCUCUCACUUUGCUGUAGCAGUGAGCUUUCGAGAGCUAGCUAUCACAGGUACCCUCUUACCAAUUAUACUUUUGGUACAAAAGAGCCCCUCUAUGAGAAGGACAGCUCUGUUGCAGCCAGAUUUCAGCGCAUGAGGGAGGAAUUUGAUAAAAUUGGAAUGAGAAGAACUGUAGAAGGGGUUCUGAUUGUACAUGAGCACCGGCUACCACAUGUGUUACUGCUACAACUGGGAACAACUUUCUUCAAAUUACCUGGUGGUGAGCUUAACCCAGGAGAAGAUGAAGUUGAAGGACUAAAACGCUUAAUGACCGAGAUACUGGGUCGUCAAGAUGGAGUCCUGCAAGACUGGGUCAUUGAUGACUGCAUUGGUAACUGGUGGAGACCAAACUUUGAACCUCCUCAGUAUCCAUAUAUUCCUGCACAUAUUACAAAACCUAAGGAACAUAAGAAGUUGUUUUUGGUUCAACUUCAAGAGAAAGCCUUGUUUGCAGUCCCUAAAAAUUACAAGCUUGUAGCUGCACCGUUGUUUGAAUUGUAUGACAAUGCCCCAGGAUAUGGACCCAUCAUUUCUAGUCUCCCUCAGCUUCUGAGCAGGUUCAAUUUUAUAUACAACUGAAUUCCUGCACAGUGGAGAAGUAAAAGAAGCCGUCUCUGUGAGCACAGCUAUACACAGUGUAGAAUAAACCUGGUAGAAAAGUUCUUUUGGUUUUUAUCUCUUUCCCAGUCCCUAAAUUGCUACCUACUUUCUGUUGUUUGAAUAGUAAAGUUAAUAUGAAGAACUAGAUAGUGGUGUAAACAAAUGUGAUAAUGUUUAAUUUACUUUUGGUUCUACUCUUACUUUUUGUACAACAUUAAAGAAUAUGAGCUUCUUUCUAUUUGUAUUUUUUUUUCCACAUUAAACUUGUAAAAAAUUCUUA